AUGAAAGAGGCAGGCAUAAAAGCAGUCGUCCUUACUAGCCCUAUCGUUGCCGCAUUUGAUGCACUUCAUGGCUCCCGCCCGGGAUACACCUACACCUUUACGGAUUGGUGUCCGAUUGGCGACAAUGAAGCUGCGAACGUAAAGCAUGACGUGAGCCAAUACCCCGAAAUGUGGUCGCCCUGGAUAACCUACAUGGCGUCGAGAAAAUCUGCAAAGAAGGCCGCACGGCAUUGCUACGGGAAACAUCAACUUUCACGGACUCCCGGUACAGUACAGCCGAAAUUUAUUGGAGGUCGCUCGAGUUUGAUUUGGGUACCUGCCUUAAUCUACUACCAAAAGUAUGCUAAUACCUUCCCAAAGAUGGCCACCGGAUAUAUUGUUGAGAAAUGGACAGAAAAAAUGCAGGUGACCAUUGUAGCAGAAAUUCAUUAUAGUGGAAAAUAA